AUGGACGGUCAUGGCACAAUCAACCCUGCUGCGCUCAACUCAACCCUCGACAACUCGGCAUAUAACAAUCGAGGCUUGAAGCGCAGCCGUUCCCCGGCCGAACCCGCCGACACCGACGACUUCAAACCAAGAAAGCGCGGUCGCCCGCCCAAGCAGAAGACUGCCGACAGCCCGCAAAUGGCAUCCCAUCCUGUUCAACUAUCGUCGCCGCUGGCCGUACAGACUCCUCAAAUCAAGCAAGGCGGAAACCAGUCCUCGCCUUCGCAGGCUUCACCACAGCGACAAACACCAGCCUCCGGCCAAAAGACAACAGUCGUCAAGGCCCUGCCUACUGUCCGAGACCACACCACGGAUCAACUCGGCGCCGAGGGCGAUGAAUACAUCCCACGUGAAAUUGACGAAGCUGGCGAAAAGAAGGUGUCAAGCAAUGGCUAUCCGCUCGAAGGUCGCGAGUAUCGCAUCAGAACCUUCACCGUGCCCAACAGAGGCGAAAAGCUGUUCAUGCUCGCCACCGAGUGCGCACGCGCUCUAGGGUACCGCGACUCGUACCUGCUUUUCAACAAGAACCGAUCGCUGUUUAAGAUCAUCGCGAACCAACCCGAGAAGGACAACCUUAUCCACCAGGAGAUUUUGCCAUACUCUUAUCGUUCGAGGCAAAUAGCCAUCGUAACAGCGAGGUCAAUGUUCCGCCAGUUUGGAAGUCGCGUCAUCACAAACGGCAGACGAGUUCGUGAUGAUUAUUGGGAGUCCAAGGCAAGAAGUCAGGGUUUCACAGAAGAAGAUGCAGCUGGAGAGAAACGACCCGGUGCCGCCAAGCAGAGGGAAGCAGCGGCCGCCGAAGCCAGCACUAACACCACUGUUCUGACUGCUAUGCCUCACACGGACAUAAUCUACACCAACGGCCCGGGCCUUGACCAACCCGCUGUCCCGGCAGGCAUCCACCCUGUUACGCUCGCUCCUCUUAGCAUGAUUAACAUGCCACUUGAUGAUCCCCGGGUUGCUGACUUCCGUGGCAUCGCUCGUCCUAGACAAGAGCUCACCGGACCUGCCUACCAAGAUCGCACUCAGCCCAGUAAUCCUCAGGAUGUCUUCAAUCAGGCAAACCAGGCGGCUGAGUUUAACAAGUCUCUGACUCAACAGCGUGUUGUGCGCAGCCAGUACUACGAAGAUUAUUGGAAACGUCCUCACGAGCCUCCAACUCCUCCUCCUCAGCCGCAUAUGCCCGACACUACAGACAUGGGAACCGUCGCUCCUCACAAUCUGCAGUCGCCCCAAAGUCGCCUGCCAUCUCUCUCGCAGCCUUCCAUGAUGGGUCACCAACAAGCAACUGCUCACAUGAUGCCUUCUCAAUUCCAUCAGCCCAACCAACAGAACCCCAUGCAGUCGCCCGUUCGCUCCAUGCACCAGCAGCUUCCUUCAUCGCAGAUGCACCAGACUUCCCCCGCCAUGGCUAUGGCUUCUAUGCGCCAGCAAACUCCCUCAUACGGCUACCAGCAAGGUCAAAUGUGGCCGCCAUCGCAGCCCCAACCUUCUCCACUGUCCCAAGCGCACACAAUGGCUCAGUUUCAGCAGCCUACUCAACAAGCUUCCAUGCAUCCCCCUCAAAUGGCUGCCAUGGGUGGCUAUCCCUCUAUGAACCAUCCCAUGGGCGCAGCCGGCGCCUUUGCUGGUAUGAACCGUAACAUGUAUCAAGCUAGUCCGAGCCCGCAGCAUUUUGCCAUGCAACAGCAACAGCAGGCGACACCCGCGCCACCCCAGCAGAUGCAUGGAUGGGCACCUCCCACCACAAAUCCUGCUACUGGCAUGACUCCCCAAGACUGGCAACGCUACCAAUAG